UUAUUAUUAUUAUUUUUUUCUAUUACUUUUUUAUGGUUGGGAGCUCUAAGAGCUUGUCGUUGCCAUUAAUGGCUGCCGCAAGCUCGACGGCAAUGACGGUUGCCAGUAUGAUAUGUAAACAGGGGUGUCUCUUUUUCAGCAUGGACAACCAGAUUCCAUGGCUGUGAUUUUUUGAUAGUGUAUGGCCACCGAAAAAUCCUUAAAUCAGUAAUGGGUUUAAAAUCCUAUCAAGCCUUCCACAAGUACACGUGAAAUGAUAUGGAAACUAGCAGAAGAGGGAAUGAAUGUAGCAUGACUAAACACGUCCCAUUAGGAUCCUUUAGAAAAGAAAGAAAAAGAAAAAGAAAAGAAAAGAAAAAGAAAGAAUGCAAAAAAGACAAUGGUGUCUCAUUUGCUGACCAUCUUGGGUAGAGUUAAAGGCCUCUUUCAUGGAUGAAUGUUGUUCCCAUUAAAAUUUGUUUGUUUUCCCUUCCUCCUUUGUCAACAGUUUAAUCACUUCUUCCCCACCUUCUUUGCUAUAUAAGUUGUUUCUGAUAGAGUCCCAUUACAUUUUGCAGAUUUAUGUAAUGUCUAUUACAAUUCGUAUUGUGGUAAGUAAUUUGAUAGAAAUAUAUCAAGCUUAAUCAUGUAAAUGUCAUAUGGAUGUACCUGCAGGCUGCAGUUAGUACUACCAAGCCUGCUCCUGAGGUUGCUUUUUUAUAUGAGUUGAGCAUGUUGUGAUUCAUUUUUUAAACCAUCUAACUUAAUAUGCUUGGAUUCAUUUAAACAAGUGUUGGGUGGUCUUGUUUCCCUUAUAUAUGCACCUUUUUGUGGCAUUGCAGUUUCUCUUUUCAUGAUGUUCAUGUCAAUAUUCUCCACUUCCCUUUUAUGUAGGAUAAGAGUCCAAUUUAUGAGCCAAAGCACGAGAAGCAACUCAAAAGCCUUGGUAUGGUUUUUCAAAGGAAUUAGCUUCCUUAAUGCUAUUGGCCAAUAUAUUACUUGUUCUGACUUCGACACUGUCCCAUGCGUACUCAAACAGAAAGAGCCAUUAAGUAUGGAGCAUGGCUAGGAGUUCUGGUACUAUACUGCAAUGAUCCUUUUAGUGGGUUCCUUGAAAAAUAAGCCAGAAAUAGUUGUUGAUGUUAUCUCUAUCUAUAUGAACUUGGAGUUGUGGACACUGAUGGUUGCAAUCGGUUUCAAUGCAGCUGUCAGCGUGCAUGUCUCGAAUGAACUAGGGGCUGGCUGUCCAAAAGCGACAGAUUUUUCAGUAGUGGUGGUUGUUUCUAUGUCGGCAUUGUUUGGAAUUCUCUUCACAGCUGCAGUUCUCAUCGCCAGGAGCCACUUCCAAAAGCUGUUCACUAAUAAACCAGAGGUCAUAAGAGAAACAAUCAAGCUCGAGUAUCUUUUGGCGGCCACGAUUUUUCUCAACAGCAUUCAACCUAUUCUACAUGGUAACUUUUUUGGCAUGGCUCUAGAACUCAUUUCAGAAACAGAGCUCCAACAGAUGAGAUUAAGCAUUUAUGAAAUGUAUGAUCUUCAGCCCUUGAUAUGUUCAAAACAUUUAUCCAUAUCUAUGUGCAUUCUAUUUAUAAUGCCCAUAUACACAAACAAUUCUAAUACAUACACAUCACAGCUUAGCUCUCAUGCAUCCACAUGUUUGCAAGCAUGCAUAUACCAUGUAAACUCAACAAUCCCCCUUGACUGACAUAAUGAAUGAUUUGAUUAAUCUUUUGAUAUUGGAAA